UUAGGCUGUGAGUUAUUCAAAACAAGUCCCAGAGCAAAACAAUUGUUUGAUCUUUUUAAUGAUAACGCAACUUACUUCAUUCAUAUCGCUGUUCUGAGUCGUAGUAAAAUGGUGCGUGUUUGGUUCAUGGACAACAAAACCAGUGAUCAACGGCUGGAGCACCAGUUUGAUCCGCCUGAAUUCCUUAGCGUUGAAGAGCUUUUCAACAACACAGGAGUUGAGUACUUCAAGAUAAAUGUUCCAACGUGCGACAGUGACGGUGUACUGGCGGAGAUUCGAAACAAUCGCGGAUAUAGCUAUGAGGAUGAAAUUACUUGUUCCAAGGAAUGUCUUCCCGAUUAUGCAAACAAACUCAAAAGCUUUUUCACCGAGCAUCUACAUACCGAUGAGGAAAUUCGAUUUGUUCUAGAUGGAUCCGGUUACUUCGACGUGCGCAACGGCAAAGAUGACCGUUGGAUUCGCAUCGAAGUUGUUGCAGGUGAUAUGAUUAUUAUACCGAGCGGAAUUUAUCACCGGUUUACCUUGGAUUCCAAGGAUUUCAUCCGUGCCAAGCGCUACUUCGUUGGCGAACCGGUUUGGUUGCCCUACAAUCGUCCUGUUGAUGACAUGCCCUGCCGCAAAGAAUACUUGAAGAAGAUGAAAUCUGGAUUUGCUGCAUGAGAAUGAGGAUAAUAUAUCUUAUCUUACAUACAUGAAAACAGACUUCUGAAGUCUCGGUGCUGCAUGCAUCAGAUACAGCAACAGAGUCUGUAUAAAAAUGCGACGAUGAAUGGUAAUUUGUACGGUCUUUUUUCAGAUUUUUUAAAAUUUUCACGUAAACGUAAACGUAACAAACGUUUAUCAUCAAGAAAUAUAUCGAAUUAUAUCACUA